AUUGCACGGAAGAACCUGAACCUGUUCAGGAGCAAAAUGAGACAGCAGCUUCUUCUUCUCGGUCCACAACUGAGGAGCCUGCCGCUGGGCUUCCCUCCAGCCGCAGAAACCCACCGGGGGGCAAAUCCUCACUAAUCUUAGGUUAAAGAUUUGCCUGAUUUAAGGAUAAGAUCUGGGCCUAUGCGAAACGAGCAUCUCAGAGUUCAUGUGCUGUUCUGUGGUCAGUGCUCAUCCUCUGCGUAGCUAUUUCUAAAAUGACAAACUGACUCAAGUCAUUCAGAUCAGGACAAUUUAGUGACAAGCGUGUCACAAAUCUCUGAGCUUGUUCAAAGAAUAUCUUUGAAUGUUUUAAGUGUUGCUGUCUUGGUCUUGUCUUGACUGAAUGGCCUUGAUAAAUGAAGAGCAGAUCUCGGUUAUGCACUGCUACUCUUAGAUUCCACAAACCAUAGGCCACAUUUUGCCAUCACAGUUCUGCCAUUCAAUACAUUUUGCAGUCAAUGGUCAGCAUUUAGUAAGUUAAGCUCCAUUCAUGUAAGCCUAAAAAAUCUCUCCCUUAUUCAGUGUCUAUGUAUUAAGUUUUGUCAGGACUUUAUGAACCAUGGCGCUAAAAUUGUGGUGCUUCAGGCCUGCUGAUGAACUAUUCUGUAUUAAAUCCAUCACUGCAAACAUUUGUAGAUGUAAGGAAAAAGAAUAAACAAUAAUUUACUGAGUGCUGAAGACAAAAAACAUAACAUCUGGUUAUUCAGUUCCACAUUAAAUCAUUGCUUGUGCAAACAGGAACGUGGUUAAAAGAGCAACAACCUGAGAGUGCAAUGAAAUGUUCUAAUCAAGAACAGGUGUGCCAGAAAAGGUGCAUGUGAGCAAGCUAUUGUGUUUGUUACAGAACAUAAAGUAAUAAAAUGUGUACACGAGUACAAACAA